UUCAUUCACCAUUCGGGCGAACGGGAGGAGCUAAACGCGACCAGUAGCUGGAAUAGAGUACCAUACUACUGUAUGCCAGUGCGUGGUGUAGGAUCGCCCUCUUAUUUCAAAAACUUUUCUCACGAAGAUAUUACGUUUGCAUCAUGCACAAGACUGUUAAAUCUCUGCUAGUACUAGUAUGAGUUUCAAUCGGCCAUUUAUCAACGAUAAAUCAAAAAUCGUAUCAAACAUGCAGGAUAAAUGACUCUGGAGUUUGAUCAGGAACCAGUAAUUUCUUUUUGUGAGCAGCCGGGAGUGGCACUAUAGUCCAGACGUUUAUGAGUGUUUGCUAUCGAUCUGUAAGUUUCGAUUUGUAUUCAUACACUAGUCUCGGACGUCAUGUUUAUUGCGUAGAGGCCUGCUAAGACUUAAUAAGUCGAUACAUGACGGUUGUCUAAAGAACUGCAGUCUAAUAUUUUGACACCACCAUGUUUACCCGCAGAGACAUCCGACCGGAAAAGUGAAUCCCAAGUGGGGAAGGUUUGGAUUUUUGUUGUUGUGCUCAUUGCAUUGCAAGGACGCAAGGUGUUUAGCAAUCAUGGAAGUUAUGACGACUGUACACGUUAUGGAUGGAAUAACCAUAGCAGAAAACAAUGUAACACGACUUGAAUGUGACUUUCAACCAUUGAGGUUGUUAUUUUUGAUACCUUUUAUACUGAUCACAAUGCUAGCAGUACCGGGGAACCUGCUGGUCAUGGCCGCCGUUCACCGAGAGAAAAGACUCAAAACUCCGACCAACGUCCUUGUCGUUGGGUUGGCCGUCUCUGAUCUCACCAAUGGAAUCCUCUCCAUACCGGCUGCCUAUUUUUGGUUUGUAAAUUACUGCGACCAGAUCGUCGUUCUUUAUUUUCGUUUUAUCGCAAGAACGUGCUGUGCAUGCUCGGUUGUUCAUCUUGUUUUAAUAUCCAUCGAUCGCUAUGUCUCUGUGAAAAAACCCUUGAAAUACCAGUCACUCAUAACGAGAAGGAGAGCGAGGAAGAGUUCGGUAAUAACCAUGCUGGUGAUCAUACCCUACAUGUUCACCGUCGUCAUUCUUUACCACCUCGUCGAAAUCAACAAAAUCGAAGUGAACCAAUUUGCAUUCGAAAUAUUCUGGAAUUACAUACCGUCAUCGAUGAUCGCGGUGGCGAUGUUGGUCACGUCGAUCAUCUACGGGUACGUGUUCUAUCAGGCUCAUAAGCUCCGGACGAGGAUGUCGUCGAUGAUGAGGAGUAGUCAUAAAGCAGCAUCAGUUCAAAACUCUCGAGCGAAGCAGAUAAGAGCUACAAAGACCUUAGCCUUCGUGGUUCUUGCCUUCGCCAUUUGCUGGCUACCGAUCUGUAUCGCGUUGUUCGUCGACACCAACGGAUCAAGCUACGACCCCAACCUUGCGAUAGGGCCGACGAUGGCCUACUAUAUGAACUCCUUUAUGAACCCGUUGAUCUACGCGCACAGGAGCAGAGACUUUCGAGGAGCCUUCAAGAGAAUCUUGAGGGAUAUGGUCCGAUGCGUUGUCGGAGGUAAGCCUGCCAUGCACCGAUCAUCAUCUACCAUGUCAACAUCACAAAGACCCAGUGCUGUAGAAUUCCCACCCAGCGUUGCAGACUUGACACCCAGUAGUGUCGAAUACCCAGUAGGAGCUACAAAUUAUGUCGUUAGCAAUAGCGACACGGUAUGACAUCAUGAUCAUGUAAAAUAUGUUUCAUAAUGCACAGUGUGUUCAUACUAUGUGGGUGUAAAAAUUGUACUAUUGAACAAAAUAACAAAUAUGUAAUAUCUUUCUUCGUAGAGGUGUUUCAACCGCCUUUAACCAAAGGAUGUGUCUUGGAUACGACGGACAGGAUAUACUUGAACCUCAUACAUUAUUGUCAAAUUUGUCCAUACACUUUUUUUAAAAUUGUGAAUUGUGAAAAAGAUUAUGUUUUAUCAUAAAAUGUCAUGGCCAAAAUUGUUUUAAAUGUACAUUCGAGAGAGAUUUUAUAAUAAUGAUAAUGAUAAUAAUGAUAAUAAAAUAAUUUGUUCUGUAAUAGCGCAUUUCAUGUCUGUUGACAUUUCAAUGCGCUUUAUAAUAUACAUCUAUAGGCCUACAUAGCUUUAUAAAAUAACAAGAUCUCUCUCUGUUGUUGUCCCUCCGCUUUUCGGAGAUCAGCGAGUUUAUCACAUUCGAAGUACUAGGCUGCUGUAAAUAUGUCAUAAAAUCAUGAAAGGGAAAUCAGUAAACAGAAGCAUAUAAUUAUAGAAAGCAAUGAAGUUCUUACAAAGAGAAACAUUACGACAUUACUUAUCCAUUAGUACUAUCUAUCAAUAAAUUUAUGAUAUUUCUGCUCUAAAAAUGAAAUACAAACCCGGAAUUCUUUCUCCCUCUGACAAAUGGUAUUUGUAAUACAAGUACAGUGUAUUCUGGCUAAUAAUAAUAAUAAUAAUAAUAUUCUUCGACAUUGGUUUUCUUAAAGUCGUUACUGCAUGAAGUGAACGCAAUGAACCUAAUUAUGUACAGUGUUAUGACCUAGUAUCCAAAUACUUCCCAAUAUUUCGUGUGCAGUAUAAAAAGGAAUAGUGAAUUCUUGGUAAUCAACAUAAUAGUUGUUCUCAAAUGUGUUAUUAUUUUCAUGCUUUUUAUUCUUUCCUAAACACACAGUGUGCAUGAGGAGCUAAUCUUGAUUAAAUGCUGAUCGAUAAAUGUGUCUUUCGCUUUCAGAGCUUUCAGUGCAACGUUAACAAAUUGUCAUGAUUUUUAUUAAUUAAAAUCUGGGGGCGGUAGGGGUUGGGCAAAAUGUGUUUUAUUGUUUUAUUGCUGUCCAAGUUCCGAUUACAAUCUGGAUCGGUUUUUACAACAACAAGGGUUCUUUUUAUUUUGCUAGACGCACACGAAAUUAAAAGAACAAAAUUGCAAGUAUAUAAUUUAAUCAUUCAAAGUUUACUACGUUACUGGCUCGAUGCAAGAAGGAACUGCAUUGAGUAAUAAACUCAACUUAGUUCCUUCUUGUAUUGUCCGUGAUCUAUAUCGUAGUAUACGUUGAAUACAUGAUACAACUUCAAAGAAAUAUUUCAAAGCCUCAUUGUCUAUGAAAUAGUGUGUUAAAGGUCACUUAUUAUUCGGACAGUAUAACGAAACCAUACGACAAUACUAUUAUUGCAAACACGCUGGAGUAAUACAGAAUGUAAACCUCUUCUAUUUCUUACUUCAUUCGACGUCGAUAUAAUGUGGAUGACAAAACCUCUGAUAUCAUAAUUAUCUCCUCAUAUAAACCCGCUCCAAAUGUUUAAUAACGCCUUAAUAUCACUAGUGUAAACAUGUUUUAGUUUUCGUAUAUAUCCAACUCGGGCCUUCUAUAUAACUUUGACGAAAUCUUUGGAAAUAUACACGUAUACGAUUUGAUCGGGGUUACGCGUUUUUUUUUCUUCUUAAAGGUUCGUAAUUCAGGAAACGACCACGGUUCUAUUUCAAUUUCGGAAUAAUGAACCUUCAGCUUUAUGAAUCAAUUUUCAUUUUCGGAAAUAUGAAUCCUUACUCAUUUUGAGAAUGAUGACUCUUAUUUCAUUAUCGGAAUUAUGAACCCUUUUUUCUUCUUCUGAACUUUGAAUAGGACCCUAUUUGGAAUAACGAACCUUCGAAAAACGACAUGUCAUCUUUAUGGUCUAGUUUGAAAGCUAAUAUGGCAUCCUGCGUAUCAGUUCCAUAAAACGUAGUAAAUGUCCUUCAAUAAUCAAUCAUUGACCGAGUUCAGCAACCCUUCAAUAUGUUAGACCAGGAAGGUAAAUCAAAGCAGAGAAAACAUUUCGAGCCUUGAUUAUUUAGAGUCACGUCAGCUUAUGGAGAGUAUUGUUUUCACACUUUAAACAUAUUUUGGUUGUUGGUGCUUCUUGCAGAGUAAUCCUUGAUCGAUGCCUACGAUUUAAGAGCCGAUCUUUCGUCAGCUAAAACUUUCAAGUACAUUAUUUAACCAAUAUCAUUAUCAAAUUGUUCUCACUGUACUCUUGUUUUGUAAAACGAAUCACAAGCUACAUAGUUGGUGUGCAUUUUAUAACGUGAUAUUGAUUAUUAAUACUUUUUACUUUCGUCUUUCAAAUCACGAUACAAGGUUUUACAUAUUGGAUUAAUAUAUAUUUUACUUUUAGAUUUGAACAUCUCUUUUCCCCGUCAUAUCUUGAGAUAUUUAUUACGACUACAUUACUGUAUUAACAAAAUGAAAAUUUGAUAUAGAAAACGAGGAGGCGGUGAUUUCUUAAGGACAAUAAGGGAGAACGUAAAAGAAAGAGAAAUUAAGUAGAGCAUACUUUGCUUUUUUAUGUCAUUCUUUACGCUUAGAUUCACAUUCUCCAGUGUUCAACAUUUUGUCGUGUGUCAUGGUAUUACGACCUCGUGAAAUGAAAGAGACAUAAACAUGAUGAAAACAAUAA